AUCAUCUUUCUCUCUUCGAUUUAUUUCUUGCCUUGUUGGGGCUCUUUGUUUUCUGCUGUUUGCGUGAGAAGUUAACCAACAAGCGUGGACCAAUGCUGUGGCCAGUGUUUGGAAUUACUUUAGAGUUUUUCUUUCAUACGAAUGAUGUCUAUGGAUGGGUGACAAGGAGUUUGAGAAAAUGUCGAGGUACGUUUCUUUAUCGCGGAGUUUGGCUUGAUGGGUCUUAUGGAGCUGUGACUUGUGUUCCUGCAAAUGUCGAGUAUAUGCUCAAAACUAACUUCAAGAACUUCCCCAAGGGUACCUUCUUUAAAAGCCGGUUCAAUGAUCUGCUCGAGGAUGGUAUCUUUAAUGCUGAUGAUGAGUCUUGGAAGGAGCAGCGACGGAUCAUCAUAACCGAAAUGCAUUCAACCGGGUUUGUAGAGCAUUCCUUUCAGACAACACAACAUUUGGUAAGGAAGAAGCUGUUGAAGGUGAUGGAGAGUUUCGCGAAGUCACAAGAAGCUUUCGAUCUCCAAGACGUGUUCCUGCGCUUGACAUUUGACAUCAUCUGCAUCGCGGGUCUAGGUGCUGACCCGGAAACUCUAGCUGCUGAUCUUCCCCAAGUUCCAUUUGCUAAAGCUUUUGAAGAAGCAACAGAGUCUACACUAUUUAGAUUUAUGAUCCCUCCAUUUAUAUGGAAACCUAUGAGGUUUCUCGACAUAGGGUAUGAAAAAGGUCUCAGGAAAGCUGUUGGGGUUGUUCAUGGGUUCGUCGACAAGCUGAUUGUGGAUCGUAUCUGCGAGCUAAAGGAGGAAGAAACGUUAGAUAAUAGGUCAGAUGUCCUCUCAAGGAUUAUUCAGAUAGAGAGUCAUAAAAAGGACAAUGAGAUUGAUCCUUCCACCAUCAGAUUUUUCAGACAAUUUUGCACAAGUUUUAUUUUAGCUGGACGAGAUACAAGUUCUGUUGCACUUUCAUGGUUCUGCUGGGUGAUACAGAAACACCCAGACGUUGAAAACAAAAUCAUCUGCGAGAUAAGAGAAAUCUUGAGACAGCGAGGGGAUUCUCCAACCAGUAAAGACGAGAGCCUCUUCACGGUCAGAGAACUAAACAACAUGGUAUAUCUACAAGCAGCACUAUCAGAAACUCUGAGACUUUUCCCUCCAAUUCCAAUGGAAAUGAAACAAGCCAUUGAAGAUGAUGUGUUACCAGAUGGGACAUUCGUAAGAAAAGGUUCACGGGUUUACUUCUCAAUCUAUGCCAUGGGAAGGAUGGAAGCAAUCUGGGGAAAAGAUUGUGAAAUUUUCAGACCAGAGAGAUGGAUCCAAGCAGGGAAGUUUGUCAGUGACGACCAGUUCAAAUACGUUGUAUUCAAUGCUGGGCCAAGGCUGUGCAUAGGAAAAACAUUUGCUUACCUUCAGAUGAAGAUGAUAGCUGCUUCAGUUUUGUUGAGGUACUCAAUCAAGGUUGCCCAAGAUCACGUCAUUGUCCCGAGAGUCACGACUAACUUGUACAUGAAGUACGGCCUCAAAGUGACCAUCACGCCAAGAUCGCUGGAAGAGAAGAAACUUGAGUCAUGUUCCAUGUAGAAGAUUUGUAAACUAUAAUACCUUAGAGGAACUCAAUUUUACUGCUGAAUACUAAAACCACAAUUUAACAUUUUUUGACCUUAUACUAUCUCAAUGAAAAAGUAUAUACUUGUUUUGGAGCAACUAGUAAUCAUCUCAAUACAUGUACAACUUCCUG